AUGGCUCCUGGCAUUCUCCGGAUAAAAAACCAACGCCAUGAAUCCUUCGUUUUUCCUAGGCUGAUUGAAUCCCGAACGACAAAGAAGGCGACGAUUCCGUCCCAUAUGAAGGCUAUGUUGGGUUCUCUUGGAGGAAUCAUGGAGGCUUGCUGUUUGCAGGCAAUCGACGUCAUCAAGACCCGGCUGCAGCUCGACCGGACCAGGGGCGGUUGUGCUUGGGGAAAAAAAAAUGGUGGGAGGGUUUUGGUUUCUUGCCGAGAGAUAGAGAACGUGGUGGGGUGGAGCUGGGGAAAUAAUUAA